AUGGUGCUGCUCGGGGUGUCUGCCGUGAGGUGGUUGGCGGCAGUGUGCGGUCUAUUGCUCCACGCGCAGUUGUGUUUCAGCGUCGACCCGAUUGUGAUUGUGCAUGGCGGGGCCGGCACCGUGGGCAGCGACCGCGUUCCCGGGAAGCUACGCGGCGUCACGCUGGCGGCCCGGGUCGGCUACCAGGUGCUGGCCAGCAACGGCUCGGUCCUGGAUGCCGUCGUGCAGGCGGUACGCGUGAUGGAGGCCGACAGCUACUUUAACGCGGGCUACGGCUCGGUGCUGAACAUUGACGGGAACGUCGAGAUGGACGCCUGCAUUAUGGAUGGCUCGAACCGGGCGACCGGCGCCCUGAGCGGGCUGCAGGACCUGCUGCACCCGAUUGGAUUGGCGCGCUCCAUCAUGGAGCACUCCGGGCACAACUUCCUCAUCGGCGACGGUCUGCGAGCGUUCGCCACUGAGCGGGGCUUCAGCUUUCUGGAGCCACCGGGUCAGCUGGUGACGCAGUACGCCCAGGACGCCCUGGACCGGUGGAAGGAGUCGGACCGUACCGAACGCCUCGGGGAAGGAGGCACGGUCGGGGCGGUGGCGAUGGAUCUGUACGGCAACCUGGCCGUCGCUACGUCGACCGGCGGCACGACCGGGAAGCGGGUUGGGCGCGUUGGCGAUACCCCGAUCGUUGGCUCCGGAUCGUUCGCCGAUAAUCGUAUGGGGGGCGUUUCGGCAACGGGUGACGGUGACAUCAUCAUGAAGGUGUGCCUGGCGUACGAUGUGCUGCGGACGGCGCAGCUCACCGGGAGCCCCGUGCAGCUCGUGGCCGACGCCCUGCUGGACGAUAUGAGCAGCGCACUCAGGGGCACCGCCGGUCUGGUAGGGCUGGACGUGGCCGGCAACCCGAUCGUCGCCCACAACUCCGUCCACAUGUCCUGGGCCUACCAGCGCGGUGACACCAUUGCCUACGGGGCCGACAAGAACGACUUCAACGUUGUCCCGGCGAGCGACGAGCAACAGGUCCGGCCACACUUUUAGUGCCACCCCACGCCGUAUGCUAAUUGUUGGUUCGACGGUAAAAUAUGCGCGUAACUGUGCAAGGUACUCCUCGACGUUCAAUGGCAAUGACGUUCAGUAUAGUAACCUUCAUCCGAGAGUCACAC